AGAACAGCCUGCCCGACAUCGUGAUCUGGAUGCUGCAGGGCGACAAGCGCGUGGCGUACGCCCGCGUGCCGGCCCACGAGGUCCUCUUCUCCAGGAGCAUCUCCGGCUGCUGCGGCAAGAACUGCGGGAAGCUGCAGACCGUCUUCCUGAAGUACCCCCAGGAGGAGGCGACAGGUCCGAGGAUCCCAGCCCAGAUCCGCGUCCAGCUCUGGUUCGGGCUGUCGGUCGAUGAGAAGGAGUUUAACCAGUACGCCGAGGGGAAGCUCUCCGUCUUUGCUGAAACGUAUGAGAACCAGACCAAGCUGGCGCUGGUGGGGAACUGGGGGACAACUGGCCUGACCUACCCCAAAUACUCAGAUGUCACCGGCAAGAUCAAGCUGCCCAAGGACAGCUUCCGCCCCUCCACGGGCUGGACCUGGGCUGGGGACUGGUUCAUCUGCCCGGAGAAGACGUUGCUGCACGACGUGGAUGCCGGGCACCUGAGCUUUGUGGAGGAGGUGUUUGAGAACCAGGUCCGGCUGCCCGGAGGCCAGUGGAUCCACAUGACUGAUGCCUACACCGACGUGAAUGGGGAGAAGGUCCUGCACAAGGAUGAGAUUGAGUGUCCUCCGGGCUGGAAGUGGGAAGAUGUGGAGUGGGACACAGACCUCAACAGAGCUGUGGAUGAGAAAGGCUGGGAGUACGGCAUCACCAUCCCACCCGACCGCAAGCCCAAGGCCUGGGUGCCGGCCGAGAAGAUGUACCACACCAACCGGCGACGGCGCUGGGUGCGGCUUCGCCGGAGGGACCUGGCGCAGAUGGAGGCCAUGAGGAAG